AUUCCUCGACAAAGCCUUGAUUGCACCACACCAUUUAAAGGAAGGUGGUUGGGUUUGUAGUGUAGCUGAGGUUGAAGAAGCAAAGGCUGUGCUUAGACUUGUUCCGAUUUGGGGGACAUGCUUGGUAUACGGUAUUGCAUUUGCGCAGCUCUCAACUUUCUUUACAAAGCAAGGGGCUACAAUGGAGAGAACGAUUGUCUCCGGCUUUGAAAUACCAGCUGCUUCACUACAAUGCUUCAUCAGCAUUGCCAUUCUCAUGUCCAUUCCCAUUUAUGACCGCAUUUUCGUUCCCUUUGCUAGAGCUUUCACUGGAAAACCAUCUGGCAUCACAACGCUACAGAGAAUAGGAGCUGGAAUUCUCAUAUCUAUUUUCACAAUGAUAAUUGCAGCUCUAGUUGAGAUUAAACGUCUCAAAACCGCUAAAGAGUACCACCUUGUUGAUAAGCCAAGUGUGACAAUCCCGAUGAGUAUAUGGUGGUUGUUGCCUCAGUACCUUUUGUUUGGUUUAUCCGAAGCUUUGACCAUGGUUGGCCUGCAAGAGUUCUUCUAUGAUCAGGUACCGACAGAGCUAAGAAGCAUCGGACUUGCCCUUUACACUAGCGUAUUUGGUGUUGGGAGCUUCUUAAGCAGCUUUCUUGUCUCUGUGAUUGAGAAAGCAACUGGCAGUGCGGGCAGAGAUAGCUGGUUUUCGAAUAAUCUAAAUCGGGCUCAUCUUGAUUACUUUUAUUGGCUACUUGCUGGACUCAGCGCUUUAGGAUUUGCUGCCUACUUCUAUUUUGCAAGAUCUUACAUUUAUAAUAGGAGAGGUGCAAUGUAAAUGCUCUGUUUUAUCACGCGUUUAUAAUUGUAAACAGGAUUUCAUACCAAAAAUCUCAAAAGCUCAGAUUCUAGAUAA